AUGGCAGACCAGCCGCCAUCCUACGAGGCCGCAACAAGCACUACCGGCUCCUCUGCCGCUUCACAACACGGCGCCCGGAAUGGCAUUCCAGCACAACACCGGCGCAGCAUGGAAGACGAGGCGCGUCCCUUGCCUGCCGGCUGGAUCCGACAAUACGACUCCAAGACCGAGCACCAGUUCUUCGUCGACACUCGCGCCGAUCCGCCGCGUUCCAUAUGGCACCACCCUUACGACGACGAGCAGUACCUCUCCACCCUCUCACCCGACGAGCGCGAGGAAAUCACCCGCCUGCACCGCAGCAUAAGCCUACAAGACAUCGCCGCCGAGAGCAGCGACGACGACGAGCACCACAAAAAAGGAGUGGGAGCGGGAGCGGCGGCGGCGGCACCAGCAGCAGCCACUACAGGAUCAAACGAAGAAGUCCACGGCCUGCACAAGCUGGGCCGGCGCAUCAAGGACCGCAUCACGCACACGAACCACCAGCAGCGCGUCGCCGACCGCCAGCAGCGCGCCGAGCAGGAGCGCCAGGCCUACGCCGCCCACCUCGCCGCCCGCCGCGCCCUCUCGCGCGCCAUCCAGACCGGCCAGCCGCAGUUCCUGUGCAAGGACCGCGACGGCCGCGACGUCUACGUCGUCCCGCCUCCGGACGUCUUCCACCAGCAGCCUUUCCCCUCCGGCGCCUACGGCUACAACCCUUACGCCAACGGGCCCUACAACGACCCCAACGCCAGGUUCUUGCGCCCCGACACGCCGUAUUAUAGACCCAACGGAUACGGCUAUGGUGGUGGAUACGGGUUCCCGCUUCUGGGCGGCUUCUUGGGUGGUGCCUUGUUGGGAAGCUUGUUGUUUUAA